CCUCCUCCCACAUGUUCACUGGUAGUGAAGCUCCGCCCACUGCAACACAUCAUCAGUGAAACUCCUCCCACAGUAAUUCAGUAAUAAAUGCGGGAAUAUCUCCAUCAGUUUACAAGUGAAGACAAGCUUCAAAUCAUCAGGAAGAGCUGAAAUCUGUAAAGACUGAGUUUAUUAAAGAGGACAGAGAGAAGAUGAGCGAUCCAGAACCCUGCAGAAUCAAACACUCUGAAGAUAUUCAAGAACUAACAGAAUUAAAUGAAGAAAAUGAGGAGAAUGUAGAAUUGAAUGAAGUUGAGGAGAAAAAUCAUGUCAAAAGUAGAGAAAAACCUUUGAGUUGCUCUCAAAGCAAACAGAAAGAUUUAAAGAAAAGAAGAGCCAAGAAAUCUUUCACCUGCACUCAGUGUGGAAAGAGUUUCACAAGCAAAAGAAAUCUUGAUGUUCACAUGAGAGUUCACACUGGAGAGAAACCAUUCACUUGUGAUCAGUGCGGGAAGAGAUUCAAACAACCAUCAAACCUUAAGGAUCACAUGAGGAUCCACACUGGGGAGAAACCGUACACAUGUGAUCAGUGCGGCAAAAGUUUCACACAAUCAUCACACCUUAAGGAUCACAUACGGAUCCACACUAAAGAGAAACCAUUCAGUUGUGAUCAUUGCAGCAAAACAUUUUUGAGAGCUUCAGUCCUGAAGAAACACCUCAGAGUUCAUACAAAGGAGAAACCACAUUCAUGUCAUUUGUGUGGAAAGAGCUUUUCAUUACUACAAUAUUUGAAAGAGCAUCAGAAAAUACAUACUGGUGUGAGAGAGUACAUGUGCUUUGUGUGUGAAAAGACUUUUACUUCAGCGAGCCAUUUAAAACUGCACGAGAGGAUUCACACUGGAGAGAAACCACACAAGUGUUCACACUGUGACAAGAGAUUCAGUCAGUCAUCAAGUCUGAAAAAACAUGAGAGGAUUCACACUGGAGAGAAACCACACAAGUGUUCACACUGUGACAAGAGAUACAGUCAGUCAUCAAGUCUGAAAAAACAUGAGAGGAUUCACACUGGAGAGAAACCAAACAAGUGUUCACACUGUGACAAGAGAUUCAGUCAGUCAUCAAGUCUGAAAAAACAUGAGAGGAUUCACACUGGAGAGAAACCACACAAGUGUUCACACUGUGAUAAGAGAUUCAGUGUGUCAUCAAGUCUGAAAAGACAUGAGAGGAUCCACACUGGAGAGAAACCAUAUCACUGCACUGAAUGUGGGAAGUGUUUCAGUCAAUCAUCUUCUCUUCACAGACAUAUAAAAAACAAUCACGAUAAGUAGAUCAUCUUCAGAUCCAGCACUUUCAGAUCUGAUGCUGUCCUCAACAAAUCCUCAUCAAUUGUAAUUUAUUCCAUGUGUGCUCUUUUAUCUGGUCAUGAACGAUGCCCCAUUCACGAAUAAAUCGCUCUUUUGAGUUGAUUCUGUUCAAGGUCUUGAACAAAGAAACCUGCAAAACGGUGUGCAUUUGUUCACAGAUCAGUUUGAAUGAUUUGAUCAGUUCCCUGCAUGCACUGAAUCGUCUGAAGGGGUUUCUCAUUCAUACCUGGAAAUUUAAGAACAGGAAGAACAUAAAGACCUUUGGACAAUUGAAGCCAAAUCUGCAAAUUCUGCUGUUGGCCUGCGCUGAGGAUGAUUUCAAAGUGAAAUGACUGAAAGGUGUCGAUUGUGGCAUUUAAUUUAUAGUAUAUUUGCUUUGUUACUUUACAGCAGAUUUAUUUUUGAGUGUUGUGAGAUGAUUCUGCAGUUUGCAGCGUUGUGCAUUAUAACCAAUCCUCUUGAGCUUAUGAAUGCGAUAUCCAAUCAGAGUUUUGAUUCAUCACUGCAGAGGACUCUGGAGUUGUUUAGUGAGCUCUCAUUCAAUUCACAAACUCACUCAUGAGCAUAAACAACAAAAUGCAGAAAAGAGAUUGAUUGUGCAGUGUAGACCGCUUCAGUUAUUAUAACCAGAGUUUUUGUGAAAAUGCAGAACUCACAGUUUUAGACUGAUGUCAUGGAGUGCUGUGUUUCUUUACGUUAUUUAUUCCCAGUUUGAAUAACCAUUUUGUUUUUCAUGCUGCUGUAAUAACAAUAUUGUGAAGUCUUGAUUCUCUAAUCUGUAAAAUGGAAUUCAUAAACAAUUCAUGCUUUUCCCCUUGUAACAACACAGAUACAAUUCAAUCAUUCAUAUGCUAUACAAUGGAUGGGAAUGUUUUUUUUAAUGAUACAAAAGAGCUUGUUUUAUUAAAAGCAAGACUUGAUAAUAUAUCAAAGCAAGGUUUUUUCUUUUUCUUUUUUUUCCAAGGACACGUGUUUUGUAAGGUUUCUUACUGACCGCUGAUGUGUAACAACAGAGUAAUUACAUGAUAAAUCUCAACUUAAAACUCAUCUAUCCACUUUGUUCUCUAAAUAACUCAUUUACCAUUCUGAUGACUCUCAAUAACUCACAAAUUCCCAGUUUCUGUCUGUAUGACCACCUUCUUGACAUAAUUGAUGUUCAUCUUAUGAUUGCAUGACCUCUUGUUGUUAAUUAUCUGUAGUUCUUUGUCAACACUUGUUUGCCUGAUUGUCUGCUGUAUUUUUUGCCAAUUCCUUGUAUUAUUUUGUACAGCAUCCUUGGGGUCUUGAAAUGCGCGAUAAAAAAAGGUUUAAAAUGGGAUUUCAUUUUGAUUUAUCACUAUUUGCUUAAAGCUGUUUUGUGUUUGCUGAGAAAUAAAAGCAAAAGCUCAAGAUUGUUUUCUGGUCAUUCAUCAGUGUCUUUGCAAAGAUACACAAUCAAACUGACGUGAAGACAGUGAUUAACCUCAUUCUAUUGUCUCUAUACAUACAGUCACAUUUACAUAGAUGGACGAACAUAAUCACCUGAUUUUGUAAAUGUGGACAAUUACAUUUACAUUAAGCACCCAGUUUGUGCUUGUCUAUAGCUUACAUACAA